UCCGCCGAACCAUUAAGAGCGUUGCACAGCUAGUGAACGGCAACUUGUCAUGGAUGUUGGUAUCAAGCAGAUGGACUCGACAGGAGAGCUUGUAUUUCUCUAAUAAUUUCGAACAUUUUUUUCUUAUUCAGUUGUCAUUUCUUCGUCGAGUCUCUGAGUUUUGUAGAGGCAAUGUAAAAUUUUACGAACGUCGCGCCUUGUUGUUACGGCAGGUGUUAGUGUAGCCUGUCUGAGAUUAGGUUUUCUUUCUGUUAUUUUUCAUCAAACAGUCGUUUUAGGAGAUGCCUCCCAAUAAACGGCUACAGAAAAAACCGCUAGAAUUAGAAUGUGAGUGGGGUUCGUGUCAGGAGUCGUUCAGUCAAAUGGAAAAAUUCUGCAAGCAUGUGGAGGUUCACUUGGAUGCUCUGAACAUGGCGGAGGAUGAAGAAGAACCACUCGGGGAGAGAAACUGUCUUUGGAGAGACUGCGGGUUUUGCUCUGUGGAAGGUCCCGAAGAGUUCCGGCGACAUCUCUUCUUUCACUGCUACCAUACCAAGCUGAAACAGUUGGGUCAACAGGCGCUUGAUGGGCAGGCAGAAAUUGGCACGUGCACUUUUGGCCACCAGAACCACAACAUUGUCCCUGAAAUCCCUGACAGUUUUAUCUGUUUGUGGGAUGAGUGUGAGCAACCACCUUAUGAGAAUCCAGAGUGGUUCUACAGACAUGUGGAACUUCACAGCUUCUCGAUAGACAUUCCUGCAGGUGGCUGUGAAUUCCCAGUACGUUGUGGUUGGAAGGGUUGCGAAGCUACUGCUAAAGGGCGUUAUAAAUUACGGGAGCAUCUACGCAGCCACACCCAGGAGAAGGUAGUGGCCUGUCCAGUUUGUGGAGGGAUGUAUGCCAAUAACACAAAGUUCUUUGACCACAUCAUUCGACAGAGUGCCAUGGAAGGUCAACGAUUCCAGUGUUCCCACUGUUCCAAAUGCUUUGCUACAGAGAGACUGCUCAGAGACCACAUGAGGAACCACGUGAGUUACUACAAGUGUCCGUUGUGUGACAUGACUUGUCCAUCGCCGUCAGCGCUGCGCAACCAUAUUAAAUUCCGGCACAGUAACGAGAAGCCAUAUAGCUGUGAAUAUUGUGAAUACAGGUGUAAGAAUCUGGUGGAUCUGCGUAAACAUCUGGACAGUCACAGCAGCGGACCUGGUUACCGCUGUCACGUUCCUGGCUGUAAUUUCUCCUCUCGGACCCCUGUCACCUUGAAGUUUCACCAGAAAAAGGAGCAUGAGGGGAAUUUUAUAGCUCGUUACAAGUGCCACGUGUGCGAUCAGUGCUUCACCAGGGGCAAUAACCUUACGAUCCACCUACACAAAAAGCACCAAUUCAAAUGGCCAUCUGGACACCCACGUUUCAGGUACAAGGAGCACGAAGACGGCUUCUUGCGGCUGCAGCUGAUCCGUUACGAGAGCGUGGAGCUGACCGAGCAGCUGAUGCGAGAGAAGCAAAGUGGACACACCGAAGGGGGCGAAGAGUCUCCGCUGGCCGCUCCUUCAGAGAUUCAGGUAGAGCUGAGGCUGGAGGGGCAGAGGACUGAAGCCCCCGCCGUCAACUGUGAUGAGGGCAGUCAGGAAGAGAGCAUGUUGUACUGCGUCCUUACUGGGGGGUUGGCACAGGUAGCGGACAAUGCUGUCAUACUCCAGUAUCAAGACACUGCUCAAGAACAAGACAUGCAGACAGUUUGACUUCCUCCACCACUUGGGUGAUCCAAAUGUUAAUACAGUGGUCCCUUGAAAUAAGAGUGAGAAAAAGAAGGGGGACGUAAGAAAAAGAAAGAUGAGGAAGACAAAAAAAAUCUGCAAACCCAUAAUCAAAAAUAUUGACAGACGACCUUGAAACAGAUAUUUGAAGACAAGCAAUGAAGGAACAAAUUUGGAUGAUACUCGCAUGCGUUCUUUAUCUUCUGUGGAAAUGGGCUAUUAUUAUUGCGACCUUGGUGAGUCACUGAGAGAAGUGGCGACUUCGUUAGUGUCAUUUUGACUGUAUUAAAUUUGCCCCCUUCCAUGACCCUUGUAAGGAUAGGCGGCUUAGAAAAUGCAUGGAUAUUGUGCCGCCCAGUGGCCACAGUGGGCACACGAGAAUGUGGAGCACAGUUAAUUGAAUUCAAGCACUGACUCAUGAUGCACAAACUUCUAAAUUCUUUGCGUUGUCUUUAUGACUCUUUUUGUAAAGUCCAGUGUUAUAGAUUGCUAUUACAUUGUUAAUUUUGGGUUGUUUUUUUUUUUGGGACAGAAUUGAUUAACAGCAUUUCUAAUCAUUUCAUGGGGAAAUAUAAUCUGCAAUAUGAGCGUUUUGGUUCCAAGCGCGAUCUCAGAAUGGAUUAAACUUGUAUUUUGCAGCACCAUUGUAUACAUUUUGUUUCUCACUCAACGGAAACCUGGUUUCAGUAAAAUGUUGUCUUGAAAUGGAAUUAUUUUAUUCAUCAAAAUGACGAGCCUAAAUUAGGCAACCCCCUGCCCCCACAUCUUGCUUGCAAAUGUGGACAACUGGAUUGUCUAUUUUUGUAUAUUUAUAAUUGUAAUUAAUCCAAUGUGAAUGCGUCCUACCUACUACAUAGAAACCUCACAUAGUUGUAUGAUAAUUUUCUUUCACAUGACUGUUGACUUAAUGAUGAAUGACAUCCACCGUAUGAUGUGAUGUUUAACAACCACCACAUCUUUAUUUAUGUAUACAA